AUGUUGUAUUUCCUGAAACAACUGUGGUCCCGCAGAAAUUUUCCACCUGGGCCUUUUCCACUUCCAUUCAUUGGAGUCGCAUGGCAGACUGGAAUCCGAGUAACUCCGACACUUUUAACCAAGCUGGCUAAGCGAUAUGGAAACAUCUACACAAUAUGGUCGGGACACAUGGCUAUAGUGGUCUUCUCUGGAUUUCAGGCAGUCAAAGAAGCCCUCAUUCAAACUGAAGAUUUUGCUGAGCGACAAAUGACUCCCUUUUUUAAAGAGGCCUUUAAAAACAAGGGUAUUAUAUUUUCAAAUGGUCAAAACUGGAAGCAACAAAGACGGUUUGGCCUAAUCACUAUGCGAAAACUUGGACUUGGGAAGAAAGGCAUGGAGAAUCGAAUAGAAGAGGAGGCCCAUCGGCUGGUGAAAAUCUUUGCACGUGCAAAAGAACAGCCACUGGAUCCUUCUUUGCCUGUCACCACUGCAAUCUCCAAUUUGAUUUGCUUUAUGGUUUUUGGAUACAGAUUUUCUGCGAAAGAUGAAAAAUUCCAGAAAAUGUUAAUAAACUUGAAUUGCUAUAUGAAAUUUGGAGGCAGCUUUAUUUACCUGUUGUAUGAAUUGUUUCCAUGGUUGAUGAAACAUCUUCCUGGACGUCACCAGAGGGUGUUCCGGGCUUUAAACGAUGUCAUCUCAUUUGCCAAGGAAGAGGUCGAGAAGCACAGGGAACUUCAGUCACUGCACGACCCCCAGGAUUUCAUUGAUUACUAUCUUCUUCAGAUGGACAGAAGCAAAGGUGACCCUGAGUCUGCUUAUGAUGAAGAGAACCUAGCUCAGUGCAUUGUUGAUUUUUUUAUCGCAGGGACAGAGACCACGGCCACCACCUUGCAGUGGGCACUGCUACUCAUGGUGGCUUACCCGGAGGUCCAAGAGAAAGUCCGCAAGGAAAUAGAAGAUACAUUGGAUCCCACCCAUUCAAUCUGCUAUCAAGAUCGGGUGAAACUCCCAUAUACCAAUGCUGUGAUUCAUGAGGUUCUCCGUCUGAAAUAUGUCUUAAUUGUUGGUGUCCCCAGGCAAAGUGCCAGAGACGUGAACCUCUAUGGAUAUCACAUUCCAAAGGGGACUUUGGUUGUUACAGAUCUGAACUCGGUACUUUAUGAUCCCAAGAGAUGGGAAACUCCUGAACAAUUCAACCCGUACCAUUUUUUGGACAAGGAUGGGCAUUUUGUACCAAGAGAAGAAUUUUUGCCAUUUGGAGCAGGGCCUCGGGUGUGCCUGGGUGAGCAAAUGGCCAGGAUGGAGCUCUUCCUUUUCUUGACCAUCCUGUUGAGGUCCUUUAAGUUUCAGCUACCAGAAGGAGCCAAAGGACUCAGUCUGGAACCCAUUAUGGGAUUAUCAUUGCACCCUCAACCCUACAAACUUUGUGCUGUUCCUCACUGUAGGACCCCGUAA